AUGGGCAAUUAAUGUAAAGGACGUGAUGAACAUAGAACUGAAAAAUCUAACAAUUCAUUAUCUUAAUCUAUCCCAUCUAAAAAACCUAGAUUAUAAGAUUUCAAGAAAAUUAAAAAGCUAGGCUAAGGAGCUUAUGGAUCUGUAUUCUUAGUUGAACAUAGAAAUGAAUAUUAUGCUAUGAAAGAGAUUGCCAAGUCAAGAAUUUAAAAGUAAAGUACAAAGUAACACAUUGAAUCAGAAAGACAAAUUCUUUAAAGCACUAAAAGUAAAUACCUUGUUGAACUUAAAUUUGCAUUUUAAGAUGAAAAAAAUUUAUACAUGGUUGUAAAUUAUGUCAAAGGAGGAGAGCUAUUCUUUCACAUAAGAGAAGCAGGUAGUUUUAGUUUAGAAGUAUGCAAAUUUUAUUCAGCCCAAAUACUUAUGGCUAUAUUAGAUUUACAUAACUAGAAUAUUAUAUAUAGAGAUUUAAAACCAGAAAAUAUACUCUUAGAUGAAUAAGGACAUGUAGUAUUAACAGAUUUUGGAUUAAGUAAACAUUUAUUAUAAGAUGAAAAUACUAAAAGUAUGUGUGGAACUCCAGAAUACUUGGCACCUGAAAUCAUUCUAUCAAAUAAUGGAUAUUCUUUUGAAGUGGAUUAUUACAGUUUGGUAUAAUAUAUAAUAUAAUUCUAUAGGGAUGCAUUAUAUAUGAAAUGCUAACAGGUAAACCUCCAUUCUACUCAACUAAUAAAAGAUAAAUGUUUCAAGAUAGAUUGAAUAAAUAGAUAAUUUGGCCUGAUUCAUUUGAUGAAAAAGCUAGAUCUCUAGUAAAUGGAUUAUUGGAAAUAGAUGUACUAUAAAGUAAUAUCUUAGCCAUUAAAAAGAUUAUAAGGGAAUUAAAUAAAAUAACAUCAAUUUUUUGAAGAUAUUUGUUUUGAUGAACUUAGGAAUGUAAAACCUCCUUAUAAUUACAACUAAUCAUCAUCAUCAAAGUACUUUGAAUAAUUCACCAACAAAUCAGUAUUUUUAUUAACUUCAUCAACAAAAGCUUAAGAUUGUGCUUAUUAAUUCCAAGAUUUUACUUAUCAAUAAAGUUGA